AUGGCUUCGACGGACUCGCAAGAGCCGUCGCCGGAACAGCUCCAGGACGAGACCCCCGAUCUCGCUCAGCAACCACAGCCCGAACAGGAGCCCUCGGAUACCGUUCCAAUUGAGCCAGAUACCGAAGCCGGCGUCUCAGAGACAACUCCUUCUGCAGACGAUGCCGUCGCAGAUGCCGCCGCCGAGCCAGCACCUGAGGCGGCCGCGUCAGACAAUGCAGCCCUUCCUCCUGCAUCAGAAGAGCAGUCCCAACCCGCGUCCGACGAACAGCCCGCACCCGACUCGUCGGCCGCGCAGCCAAUUGCCCCGGUCUCGCCUUCCUCUGCCAGCAUUGCCUCGACCGCGACCGCGACAACAUCACACGGCAUACCCGCGUCCUCAAUGCGCUUCGUCGCCAAAGCCUUCGAAUCGAUCCUCAACACGCGUGACGGCAAACGCAAGGGACCCCUUCAGAUCGGUCUCCAGAAUGGCAUUGACCAACUCACCCGUCUAGCCCCUGCUACUCCUCACCCGUCGGUCAUUUUUGAGCCUCUUCGACUCGCGUCGGCUGCCAACAAUAACGACAUCAGAGUUAUCGCUCUCGACACAUGGGCCAAGCUCUUUUCAUUUUCUUAUCUCUCUGACGUCCCCAUGACAGAACCCGCCCCCGCUGACGUCGACGACGCAAUCGCCCCUGUGCCGGCCCCGCGUACCGGUAAGCUCAUCGACCAGGCAGUCGAGGUCGUCUGCGACUGCUUCACCGGCGACAACACAGACGAGCGAGUUGAGCUACAGAUCAUUAAAGCGCUCAUGGCCGCGGUCUUGAACGAGAAACUCGUCGUCCACGGCGCGGCUCUCCUAAAGGCUAUCCGACAGACUUACAACAUCUUCAUCCUCUCCCGAUCGAACGCCAACCAGGCUGUCGCCCAAGCGACCUUGACUCAGAUGGUCAACGUCAUUUUCGAUCGCGUCAAGUCUCGCGUGAAAGAGCACAAAUCAGUCCUGGCGGGUGACGACGUCGCCGUCGAAAUACCCCAAGGUCCUCCAGUUGACGUCAAUCUGGAAGAGAAACUUAACCAGGAGGAAGUCGACGAGAUCGGCGACGACGCGACCGUGACUGCUGAAAAAGACAACAGCGAUGCGAUCGACGAGAAGAGCGCAGAUGACGGCGAAAAAGCAGCUCAGCCAAAGAUCACCCUGGAAUCGUUCGAGAACCGCCAAUCGUUCGACCAGGAGCGCGCUGUCGAGACCGCAGCCAACUUCCCCCAGCACGAGAACGAGCUUUACGUCCGCGAUGCAUUCUUGGUGUUCCGCGCCCUCUGCAAGCUCUCGAUCAAGGCUGUUGACACUGCGGAAAACAAGCCCGAUAUGAGAUCGCAUGCUAUGCGGUCGAAGCUUCUCUCGCUUCACUUGGUCAGCACGAUCCUCAGCCAGCACAUGGUUGUGUUCCAGUCUCCUGACGUGAUCAUUCGCUCGAGCGCGUCGUCCGAGGAGACUUUGUUCAUCCACGCCAUCAAGCAGUAUCUCUGCCUCUGUCUUUCUCGCAACGCGGCUAACCCAGUCCCCGCGAUCUUUGAGGUCUCAUGUGAUAUUUUCUGGAUGAUCUUGCUGAACCUGCGAAGCCAGAUGAAGAAGGAGAUCGAGGUGUUUAUGACUGAGAUCUAUCUGCCGAUUCUCGAGAUGAAGACCUCAACCGCUCAUCAGAAGCAGUAUCUCCUCCGCGGUCUUGCAAAGAUUGCAGGCGACCCGCGUGCGCUCGUCGAGAUCUACCUGAACUACGACUGCGACAACACCGCUCUCGAUAACAUAUACGAGCGCUUAGUCGACUACCUUGCGCGCAUUUCCAUUGUUCCAGUUUCCCUGACGCCGUUCCAGCAGCAGCAGUACAACGACCUACAGAAGACGGCUCCUACGUCUGCGUUCGGCUCGUCGACUGGUCCUGGCGGCGUUGCCAUUCCCCCUUCGUUCUCCUCCAGCGCCGUUCAGACGAUCCAGACUACUGCACAGGCCGAGUUGCUCUCGCAAGUCCCGCUCGAGUAUAUUCUCAAGCGUGAGGCGCUCGAGUGUCUCGUGACUAUGCUGCGAUCGCUGGUGUCAUGGGCCACUACUGGCAUUGACCAAGAGAAGUCGAAAGCGCGCGGUGACGACGACGAUGAUUCCGAGUCGAUUGCGGACGAAGAUGGACGCUCAGGGCUGUCGUCAGCCAAUGGUGCGGCCACACCAUCCAGCUCAACGCUUGCACUCCCGUCCAGCAACGGUGUCAACGGUAGCUCGACCAACGGAAGCACAACCCCGAUCGACGAUCCCUCGCAGUUUGAGUCACUGAAGCAUCGCAAGACAGCUUUGCUGGAGGCAAUUAAGCAGUUCAACUUCAAGCCUAAGCGGGGAAUCAAGAUGCUGAUUGACAACAAGUUCAUCCCGUCCCACGAGCCUAAAGAUAUCGCGUACUUUUUACUGCACACUGAAGGCCUAGAUAAGGCUAUGGUCGGUGAAUACCUCGGCGAAGGUGAUCCCGAGAAUGUUGCAAUCAUGCACGCGUUUGUCGACCUCAUGGACUUCACUGACAUGAAGUUUGUCGAGGCUCUGCGUACCUUCCUGCAAGCCUUCCGCCUGCCGGGAGAGUCUCAGAAGAUUGAUCGCUUCAUGCUGAAGUUUGCUGAACGCUACAUCUCUGGAAACCCACAGAUCUUUGCCAACGCCGACACUGCAUACGUCCUGGCUUAUUCCGUCAUUAUGCUCAACACUGAUCAGCAUUCGCCUCAGGUGAAGCAGCGUAUGGCAAAGACCGAUUUCUUCAAGAAUAACAGGGGAAUCAACAACAACGAGGAUCUUCCGGAAGCCUUUCUGUCGGAGAUCUACGACGAGAUUCAGACGAACGAGAUUAUCUUGAAGUCGGAGCAUGACGCAGCUCUGAUGUCUGGUCAAGUGCCGACUGCUGCGCCUAACAAUUCUAUUGCGGCAAACCUGGGACAGGUUUUGUUGACUGUCGGUAGAGAUUUACAGAGAGAGGCCUAUAUCACAGCUUCCAAGGAGAUGGCCAGCAAGACUGAGCAACUCUUCAAGAACCUCGUGCGAUCCCAGCGCAAAGACACGGGCGCCGCCCCGCCGGUGAUUUUCUACCACGCUUCGAGAUUCGAGCACAUUGGCCCGAUGUUUGAAGUCGUGUGGAUGUCUCUCCUUGCUUGCUUGUCUGCGACCAUGCAAGAAUCCGAAGAGCCCGAGGUCAUCAAGUCCUGUCUUGAAGGCAUGGGUCUUGCGAUUAAGAUCGCAUGCCUGUUCGACAUCGAGCUUGCUCGGAUAUCUUUCCUGACUGCGCUUGCAAAGUACACAAACCUCCAGAAUCUCAGCGAGAUGAGACCGAAGAAUGUCGAGGGCAUUAGAGUACUUUUGGAAGUCGCCUUGAGCGAUGGUGAUCUGCUGAAAGAGUCCUGGAAGGACGUGUUGACAUGUGUCAGUCAGCUGGAGAGAUUUCAGUUGAUUGGAUCUGGUAUCUCGGAAGGUGUUGUACCGGAUCUGUCGCUAGCGAAACGAACACCGAGAGAAUCUUUUGAGAGUCAGCGCUCAAAGAACUCUGUUGCUCUGUCAAAUAACCGUCGGCAGUCAUCCAAUUUGACUCAAUUUUCAGCCAGUGUUGCUGAAGAAGCAAACGGCCGCGAGAUUGUUGUUGCGAUGGACAAGAUUUUCACGCAGAGUUCGCGACUCUCCGGUGAGGCGAUUGUAUAUUUCGUUCGGGCGCUCACUGAAGUCUCGCGCGAGGAGAUUGCGUCUUCGGGAAACAGCGCGCACCCUCGUAUGUUUUCGCUGCAAAAGAUGGUUGAUGUCAGUUACUACAACAUGGACCGUAUUCGAUUCGAAUGGUCGAAUCUGUGGGCGAUCAUGGGCGAGCAGUUCAACCAGAUCGGUUGUCAUCCCAACUCAACCGUCGUUUUCUUUGCUCUCGAUUCGUUGAGACAGCUGUCGAUGCGAUUCUUGGAACUCGAGGAAUUGCCACAUUUCAAGUUUCAGAAGGACUUUUUGCGCCCGUUUGAGCAUGUGAUGUCGUACAACAACUCACCGGCUGCGAAGGAUAUGGUGCUGCGAUGCCUGCAGCAGAUGGUUCUCUCGCGGGCGGACAAGAUCCGAUCGGGUUGGUCGACGAUGUUUGGCGUGUUUACGUUUGCAGCCAAGGAGGAGUAUGAGCCCGUUGUGCAGUUUUCGUUUGAGAACAUCAAGGCGAUUCACGAGCAAGACUUUGAUUUGGUGAUGGCGCAGGGCAGUUUUGCGGAUCUGGCUGUGACUUUGACUGAGCUGGCGAAGAAUUACCGGUUCCAGAAGAUUAGUCUGCACGCUAUUGAGCUUUUGCGAAGCUCUAUUCCAAAGAUGCUCGCGUACCAGAGAUCGGUGCAGGAAGGUACGUCGACGCUGUCGCACGCGACCAAGGCCUCGAUCGAAGAUCCGUCUGUGAAGUUCUGGUUUCCGAUCCUGUUUGCGUUCCACAACAUUAUCAUGACUGGAGAGGACUUGGAGGUGCGAUCUCGGGCACUGAACUACUUCUUUGACGCGCUGGUUGAGUACGGCGGCAACUUUGCGCCUGAUUUCUGGGAUCUUGUGUGCCGACAGCUGCUGUUCCCUAUAUUCAUUGUGUUGAAGAGUCGAUCGGAUAUGUCGCGGUUCAACAACCACGAGGAUAUGUCUGUGUGGCUGUCGACGACGAUGAUCCAGGCGUUGAGGAACCUGAUUUCGCUGUUGACGCAUUACUUUGAUCAACUGGAGCGAAUGCUGGAUAUGUUUUUGGAUUUGCUGGUGACGUGUAUCUGCCAGGAGAACGACACGCUUGCGCGAAUCGGAAGUUCGUGCUUGCAGACGUUGAUCACGAAGAACGUGACGAAGCUGAAGAAGGAGCACUGGUCGAAGAUUGUGGGAGCGUUUGUGAAGCUGUUUGAGACCACGACUGCGUACCAGCUGUUUACGAGUGAAGGAUUCGAGGCACCAGUGACGCCGCCUUCGGAAGACGACUCUGAGCAUGAGAAGAAGAAUGGGUUGAAGAUCAACGGACUCGCGUUUGCGAUGGAGGCCGCGGAGGAGUUUGAUCGACAGAACGAGCGACUUGCGUUUGAAAGCAGCGCGCCUUCUUCUCCGGUGCCGACGUCGAAUGAGACGAACGGACACCAGAGACGGCACAGUUUGUUGACGGACAACACGCGGCGGGAGCCGAUGGUGGUGUCGCCGGAGAAAAGGAAGGAGUUUAACAAGAUUAUAGUAAAGUGUGUGCUGCAGCUGUUGAUUAUCAACACGGUCGCGGAGCUGUUUUCGGAGAACGAUGACGUGUACAAUAACAUUCCGUCGGAGGAGUUGUUGGAGCUGAUGAGGGUAUUGAAACGGAGCUUCCGGUUUGCGCGCAAGUUCAACGAGAACCGGGAGUUGCGGAUGAAGCUGUGGCGCGAGGGAUUCAUGAAACAGCCUCCUAAUUUGCUGCGGCAGGAGUCAGAUGCAGCGUCGACUUAUAUCCAUAUUUUGCUGCGGAUGUAUCAUGAUCCUAAUCAGGACAGGGUGGAGAACAAGACAGGCAUUGAGGCGGCACUUAUCCCGCUUUGUGUUGAUAUUGUGAAGGGCUACACGCUGCUUGACGAAGAGACUGAACAGCGCAAUAUUGCGGCCUGGAGACCGGUUGUGGUGGAAGUGCUGGACGGAUACAUGGAAUUCACGGACGAGGACUUUGCGCGACAUGCCGAAGUGUUUUACCCGCUCGGAGUCGAUCUCUUGGGCCGUGAGCCGGGACCGGAGGUGCGACCGACGGUGCAGGCUUUGUUUAAGCGGAUAGGCACGGUGUGGAUGAAGGGAAAGAGAAAAGCAGAGUAUUAG